AUGCAAUUCGAUCAAGCUGAUCUUGGACUGGCUCGUGAUUACUACUUGAACCAGAGCAAAGUGAAUCUCCUCAGAGAGUACGCCAAUCGUCCAAGUUGCGAUAGAAAGAUUAAGCAAGAUGUUGACGAGAUCAUCAAAUUCGAAACGAAGAUUGCGAAGAUAAUGGUAGCUGAAGAAGAUAGGAAAAACCACACUAGAAUGUACAAUCUUCGUCGUCUUAACGAUAUGGAUAAACUGACACCCAUGGUGGGUAGACGUUUCUAA